CAUCCAUACAGCCGUGAUCGUUCCGAAAGGUUUGGAGUGCUUCAAGAUCCGUGCAGAUCUCGAUCCGACGGGCGACGUCGCGAAAGAAGAUCGAUAAUUCUUACGCGCGAAAGAUACAACCCGAACCCUGGCCGAGGGAGCGGUCGCAGCUGCCGCCCGCUGCUGUUCUCGGGGUUCUGUUUAUUUUCCUCCGGCUAAGCCGGUUGACCGCAUCGUUCCGAAGAGCGCGAUGGGGGAAGGCGAUGACGAUCCGCAGAGGAUAAAGAAGAUUGCGGCGGCGGCGUAUGACUACGAGAGCGAUCCCCGAUGGUCGGAGUACUGGUCGAAUAUCCUCAUCCCUCCCCAUAUGGCCUCUCGAUCCGACGUCGUUGACCACUUCAAGCGCAAGUUCUACCAGCGCUUCAUCGACCCCAAUUUUGUGGUUGAGGCAAUGUCCUCAACUAGUGCCUCCUCUCAGUCAACUAGACCAUCGGUGAGAUCUUCAUCAUCUUCGGCUACAGAAAAUGCAAGGCCUCAUAGCUCAGGAUCUGGUACGACAACAUCUGCACCACCAGGGAGGAAUGCAAAUUCCUUGCAGCUGGAUCAACGGACUAUACAUUUUUCUGUCAAUGCUUGGGUAUUAUUUGUUGCUGUGCUUGGGAUCCUUCCAGUUGUGCCAAGACAUCUUUCAAACAAGGCAUAUCGAUUGUCCUUGCUGGGCACCACAUGCUCCUCAUUUUAUUCUUUGUACAUUCUCUAUGGGAAACCAAGGGCAUGGAAUCUACCUGCCAUUCAAGCAUGGUUUCAAACUGUGAUAGCAACCAAAGAUUUCAUCCGUUUAAUAUACAGCCUCCUGUUUGUUACAUCUCAACUACAUUUCAAGUUUGCUUUGGUACCUGUCCUUUGCUGGGCACUUGAACAUGUUGCCAAAUUCCUUAGGCGUAAUUUUGCACAUUCCUCUUUGUACAGGAAGUACUUGGAGGAACUUUGUUUGUGGGUGGAGAGUAACGCUAAUACACUUGGCAUUCUGAGUUCACAUGCUGAGAUUUCACUGGGUUUUCUUUUAAUUAUGUCGCUGUUCUCGUGGCAGCGCAACAUAAUUCAGACAUUCAUGUACUGGCAGCUGCUGAAACUCAUGUACCAUGCUCCUACAACUGCCGGCUAUCACCAAAGUAUGUGGUCCAAGAUUGGUCGGUCUGUCAACCCUUACAUCGACCGGUACGCCCCAUUCUUGAACACCCCCAUAUCUGCUGUCCGCAGAUGGUGGUUCAGGUAGAAGGAAGACUGGAUAGCAAAGGAAUGAGAAGAAAUUUGAAGAUUACCAUCUUUACUAUCUGAAGAAAAUCUUGGCAUGGGAAAAAGUAGCUCUGUUUCAGAGAAAGCAAAACCUUUCACAAGUUAUAACUUGCUUUCCCCUUUCACUGCGCACGAUUUUACUCUUUUUGUCUAUGCUACAGUCCGUUAUGAAAAGUAUCUUUUGCAAACCUGAGUUUUUGUAUCAUUCACAUAUUGAAAUUGUGGCUGCAACACCAUGCUAGUUAUCAGCAA